AUGUCUGCAAGGCCGGCAGCGGUUGAUCCUACCACAGGUAUUCCAUAUGCGACGGUACCUGAUACGCUGCUGGGUAAUUAUGAUUUUCUGAACUCUUGUGCCAUUUUCUUCUGUGGAUUGGUGGAGCAGCAGCUAUGGCUUCAUCUAGAAGAUGAGGAGAGACGUGAGUCUGUGGUGCUUUUUGUGACGAAUGAGAGUAUUUACACAGGCAGCGAGACGGGUGAACUUUACCGUCGUGUGGAUUUUAAAACUAUUCGUGGUAUUGUGACCAACUCUGACCACCUCUCUCGCAUAGAGGUGAAGGAGAAGGAAUCUCUAUUUACAGCUUUUGUUCUUAGCAAAUUGCAGGAGAAGGAGGAUUUGGUCAUUAUGGCGGAGUUGGGCUACACAGUUGCAGUCAUUGUGGAGCGGCUGUUGCUAGCCCGUGGGUGUCCAGUGACAACGCGAAAAAUUGCCGUUGAGAACAUUAGAGAACUAACGGAAGUUACGGUACGACUUCCAUCAAGUGCAAAGCCUGAUACUAACAAUACUACUACUACUACUACUACUACUAAUAAUAAUAAUAAUAAUAAUAAUAAUAAUAAUAAUAAUAAUAACAAUAAUGAUUCUGAUACCACAAGGGAAAUAACACAGAUGGAACAACACCGUCAACAGAUAUUACGCGAUUCCAUUCCACGACGACGUUUGGAAAUAAAUGCGGCGCAGUUAGCAACGAUUGCCAUGUCGCGUGAACAUCUCGUAACGACACUUGCUCGUGUGGCGGAUGCGGAGCGUAGAUCUACUGUAGUUUCCAAUGAGGUGUAUAUUUCUCCUGUCAUCCGGUAUUGUUUCCCACCCUUUAAAGAUGUCUCACUCUUCUGGGGUGGAACUGUACUGUUCUUUGCGGAGCAAAAACAGGAGCCACAACAUGCUGUACUGUUCAUUUCUGUAGCACAGAUUGUGGUGGUACAAGAGAAACAGCCUGUUCGAGUAUUGCCACUGAAUAACAUUUCAUUUGUGGCUGUAUUUACUGCUGACGCCACGCAAAAACGACGAUUUAUUGCAUUUAUUUCAAAGUUAAGAGAUGUAGAUGUAUGUGUAAUGACAGUGGGUCAAGAUAGUGACACACUUCUGAAACAGCUACAUUUGGUAUUUUGCACAAACAAUCCUGCCAAUUCACCACCCUUUAAAACUAUAGAGUCACUAAAAGAACUGGAUCUGCAGAUAAAGCCAAAGAAACACUAUCAGCAACCAACGGUUGCUUUACCUCCUACCUCAGAAGCGGUACAAUACCGUAAUUAUGUCUACUCUCGCGUUGUUGACAUUUUGCGUCUCUGUGAACCAUCAAGUGUAAAUAAUGCAACAGCAUUGACGGAGCAAUACUUGGGAAGAGAAUUAGAAUUACUUAGCAUGCUCUACAACAUUUAUCCAGAGUAUAUUACACUAGAGGAAAAGAGAGAUAUAACUAUGAAAAUGACAAAUUCAGGAACGAAGCAAAGUUAUCGUGAACGUCUACUAAAGUUUUGUGCGAAAUAUAUUCCUGAUAGUACUGGUAUUGUUGAUGAAGUUUUAAAUCGUUACGAGAAUCGUGAGGAAGAACUUUUUUACCACCUUGUUCUACGUUACGGUCCAGAACCUCGAGAAGCAGAGAAUGUAUUGGAUAGGUACAGUACUACUUUAUCCCCAGAAGAAGUUCGAGAACGUCUUGUUCAAUUUUAUCGAAAGUAUGAGCCAAAAAAAAUUGCAGAUGUGGAUGCCAUUAUUUCUGUUUAUAAAGGACGUGAACAAUUACUUUUUGACAGACUGACAUUACUUUACGGACCGAUGCCAGCAAAUACAAAUAUGAAUUCUUCAGAAAAUGCGCUAAUGAAUGGAGAAAGAGGAACAUUAUCCCUUUCUGAUCGACCUUCAUGGCGUCAGCGUCUAGAUGCUUUCCUUGCACGAUAUGCGCCUGAGCGGAGUGGUGAGUCGGAGGAAUUACUGAAGAAGUACGCCGGCCACGAGGAUGCACUUCUCUACGCACUGGAAGCGAAGUAUGGCCCUGAGCCUGUGCCGAUUACACGGCGUAACUGCGCCCGAGUUGCCGCUUUCUUUGUUCGCGCCGGUUUGCCCGUACCGGAGGAGCCACAAGUAGAAGAAAUGAUAAACUCAUUCCGCGGUACGGAGGAGGAGUUCUUCUUUCACCUGCAACAGAAAUACGGCGCCGAACAUCCUUUACAGUUUCCACAAGAACCAGAGGAUGUCUCUACGGAAGCUUUUGAAAAGGUGGAUCUCUUGACCGAUAUUCCUUUUGUGGAGGUGCCAGAAUUACUACAACCACUCUUUCCAAGUUUUAUUGGAAGGGCUGCACUAUUGUGGUUUGGUCGUGUACUUCACUGGGAACAACCACAACCGCCUACGCUACGCUGUGCAUAUCUCACAUCUUCACACAUGUAUGUUGGAAACUCAGAGUCUGACACGGUACGCUGCACGGCACUUGAGAAGGUGGACUCAGUGUACAUUAACUCCAAGCGCGACCGUAGCGAUCUACAGUCCUGUCUACUUCUAAAAGUACAAGAGGAAUAUGAUUUAUUCUUCGCUUUCUCUUCAGAUGCGGAAGCGCAGCAAUUGGUGUUGGCUUUGGUGAGUGCACUUACGCAGUACCAUUUUGGUCGAAGAUGUCGUGUUUUGGCAUGUUCGAACUUUACAGAUCCCGGUAUUAAUAUUAACUGCUGGCGCCCACCAACAUUUAUUAACCAAGUUGUCUCAGUAAUACAGCGGCCGCGUAGCAGGAAACGAUCAGAUGGUGGUUUUAGUGGUGGUCAAAACACGGAAAACAGUAGCGCUGGUCUCUCUGUGAGUUUCGAACAACAAGAGUGUAAGUUGCGAAGUCGUUUACACGAUGCUUUAGUGUUGCAAAAUGCGAAGGAGAAAAAUGUUGAUUUAGUUAAAGAUGCAACCUUGGUGAAUCACAAAUGGGAUACUAUUCGUCAAGUAGUAGCUAAAGAAAAAAAAAUAUACGGCUCUCUGCCUUCACGCUCAAGAAGUGGUCUCCUUACUGGUAACACAAGUAAUUCACUUUUAAUUCAGAGCGACAAACCAUUAUUGAAUAAUUUUUUAACGGUAUCCAAUGUCCCAUCGCAUAUAAACAAACUCAAUCCAUUUCAACGAGCACAAUAUUUAAAACAUUCUCCGAAUGCCACCUACGGUAUUGGAGUAAACAGAAGUAUAUAUCAUGACAGUAAUACUACACAACAGGGGCAGUUGCCAAAACAACUGAUGAUUGCAGGAGACGUAGGAGUAAGAGAGAAUAACAUGCGAACGCUCAAAUCCCCUGGUUCAGAAGCAUACACAUCUAGGGCCGAAACUCCGUACAGACCUUCUAUUAUUUUAAAUGAUAGUUAUAGUGAUGAUUGA